AAAUGUCUUCUUUUAUUGUCAUCUCCAGUCCUUUGAAACAAACAACAAUGGCAAAACAAGAUCCCACUAGCAGCAGCAACACGAUACCACUCGUAGGAUCUGAGUUUGUUCGUCCCCGACCGUUAGAUCUAACCAUCACCGGAGAUACAGUGAAGGACACGGACGGGAACAAAGUUUUCAAAGUCAAAACGCCUCUCUUUGGUCUCCACAACAAAAGAAUAUUGCUUGAUCCUAAUGACUCUCCCAUUGUCACCAUGAAAAUGAAGGUGACUAGUAAGCACGAUCGAUGGCAAGUGUAUAGAGGAAGUGAUUUAGAUGAUAAGAUCUUCACUGUCAAAAGAUCUUCGACGGUUCAAUUGAAGACAAGAGUUGAAGUCUUCUUGAAACAUAACCAGACCAGAGAAGCGUCUUGUGAUUUCACUAUUAAAGGCCGGUUUAUGAAACGUGCAUGUACAAUCUACGUUGGAGAUUCUACCAAAAUCAUUGCUCAGGUACAUGAAGGAGAUGAGAGAUUAGUGGCUACGGUUUACCCUAAUGUCGAUCACGCUUUUAUUGUUACACUUAUCUUUAUAUUUGACCUCAUUAAUAUGGGUGGGACUGGGAUUUGAUUAUCUUAGUUUGAGCAUUGAGGGCGUGGAGUUGACUAUCUUCUGUUGUCUAUUUGUAAAAUAUGCUUAUGUUGUCUAUUUGUAAAAUAUGUGUGUUUUGUGUGUGUCUCUCAAUUGUCGUAUGAUAUUUUGUUACGAGAAA